AAAUAUGUCCUGUGAAGCAUAUUUGUGGGAAAUUAUUAAUACAUUUGAAUUUAAAGGUUAGAAUGAAGCUGACUCAUCAUAGCUGAAAAGGUACAUGCCAAAAUAACCCUAAUUUAUUGCCUUUAGCGUCUGCAAUUCAAAAGGUCACUCCUGACGAUCCUACUUUUCAUAAAGGCUUUCAACUGCUUUUUACUGACAGUGUUCACCUGAACGAUGGCUGCCUCAGGAAAACUGUCUUAUUUCCGCCUGCCUCCCUUGCCUACUAUAAGCGAGCUCAUAAAGCUGUACAAACUGCGAGCUCAGAAACAGCUCUCCCAGAACUUUCUGUUGGACUUGAGGCUCACAGACAAAAUAGUGCGUCAGGCGGGCAAUUUGAGGGAUGCCCAUGUGUGUGAGGUGGGUCCUGGUCCCGGUGGUCUCACCCGCUCCAUCCUCAAUGCGGGAGCAGCAGAUGUGCUCGUGGUGGAGAAAGAUUCACGCUUCAUCCCAGGGCUGAAGCUGUUGUCUGAGUCAGCACCAGAGAAGAUGAGGAUUGUCCACGGUGACAUACUCACCUACAGGAUGGACCGAGGAUUCCCAAAAAGUAUCUCAAAGCCGUGGGAGGGAGAUCCGCCAAACCUUCACAUCAUCGGGAAUCUCCCAUUCAACGUCUCAACUCCGCUCAUGAUUCAGUGGCUGGAGAACAUGGCCAACAGAACGGGGCCCUUUGUCUUUGGACGCACCCAACUCACUCUCACUUUCCAGAAAGAGGUCGCAGAGAGGAUGACAGCCAGCACAGGCAGCAGACAGAGAAGCCGUCUGUCCGUUAUGACCCAGUCUUACUGCACGGUCCACAAAAAAUUCACCAUCCCUGGAAAAGCCUUCGUCCCUAAACCAGAGGUGGAUGUGGGAGUACUUCACUUCACCCCUCUGGUUCAGCCCCAAAUCCGGCAACCGUUCAAGCUGGUGGAGAAAGUCGUCAGGAACAUUUUCCAGUUCCGCAGGAAGUACUGCCACAAAGGAAUAGAAAAUUUGUUCCCUGAGGCAAGUCGUGUGGAGCUGACACAGGAGAUGAUGCAGAAGGCAGAUGUGGACCCCACGCUGCGCCCUACAGAGCUCACCAUACCCCAGUUCAGGGCUUUAGCGGAUGCCUACGCUGAAAUCUGCACCAAUGAACCCAAUCUCCUCAACUAUGAGUUCAGAGAGGAGCUCAGACUGAAGCAACUCACCAAGCCAAGAAAGAAACCAAUGGAGAAAUUUACGGACAAGCCAACCAGCACCCCACCAAAUCCUGAACAACCUAAAUGAAAAAAAGCACAGAAGCCAAGAAAAGCCCAGUAAUAGCCUCUGUAAGCACAGAGAGACAAGAGACUGCUCUUAGCCUUGACAUUUCCACCUGGCAUAUGCAUGCAUUUUUAAAAUGUUUUCCCUGCACCCAAGGAAGCAAUAGGUAACUUGGUAUACAUGAAACACUGGGGCAGAGACAAGAAUCACAAGGCACAUAAAGAUCUUUGCUGGAUUGGAUCAGUUCCAAGACGUUACUCCAGGGUAGGACUGCUCAAAGCCAAAGUCAUGUAUUGUUACCCGCAGUAGCUCUUUAAGAGUGUCUUAACGUCCCAUUUCUUACUUCACAUCCAACUCACAUAACCCCUUGUCCUGUGGGACCUGGAGGGAUCGUCAGACUGUUUUUGGGGUGAUUUAGAAAAUGGGAACAACAUGGCACCACCAUAUCCAGGACAUUUUCCCCUCGUCUAUGUACUGUAUUGCUCUGUCUCCUGGGACAUCGAGCUUAAAGGGAGGAGAAAAGUGGUGGGAAUUUGUCAACGACUCUUGUUUUAUUAAACACAGAAGAAUCCACUGUAAAAGCCUGUAUUCAAUUAAAAAGGAGAGCAAGAAGAAAAAAAAAGAAACACUGUCACCAAUUGAUCCAAAUUAAUCAAAUUCAACCAAUUAUUUUUUCAAAAUAUAAUCAUAAAUGUUAGUAGAGGCACUGAUGUCAUGUAUUUGUUACAUUUCUUGUACAGCAUUUAUGACAUGCAUGUAAAAAAAUACUGUUAUUUGA